CGCCCGGGCGGUGUCAGCGCGUCCGUCCGGCCUCGCCAGGAAACCCAACACCGGCACAGGGGGACAAAGGCAGCGCUGUCCCCUCCUGCGGCGCGCCUAUAAAACCUCCCCAAACCUCCCCAAACCUCCCCAAACCUCCACGACCUGCCGGCAGCGAGGGCCCCGGGCCAGCAGCGUGUCCUGCGCCAUGGCCACGGGCGAGGCGGGCGAGCUGGGCGAGCUGACGGAGCUGGAGGUGGCCAUCGAGCGCAUUGUCACCGUGUUCGCCACCUUCGCCGCCAAGGAGGGCAGGAAGGGCGCGCUGAGCGCCGCCGAGUUCAAGGAGCUGGUGCGGCUCCAGCUGCCCAACCUGAUGAAGGAUGUCCCCUCUCUGGAGGAGAAGAUGAGCGAGCUGGACGUGAACAACGACGAGGAGCUGAGAUUCGGGGAGUACUGGCGGCUGAUCGGGGAGCUGGCCAAGGCCAUGCGCAGGGAGAGAGCGGCCAAAAAGUGACGCGGCCGCGGCGGGGGCUCGGCCCCCAAUAAAAGAGGUUUCCCUGAACCCCAA